AUGGGCAGACGAUUCCCCAUUCCGAGAGAGCACCUGCCCAAGCUCCGAGUGAGUCAGCAGGAGCACCAGGCCGGCAAGCAGCUCAUGGCCGCGCUGCUGGCGCACACCGUGCGCGAAUUCGAGGCGUUCGCCUACGACCGCAAGGGCGUGGUCGACUCCAAGCGCUGGAAGUUGCAGUACUCGCGCGACGACAUGAACAUGUAUCGCGAGCGCGACGCCGGCGUGACCAGCUACGAGCUGGCCAAGACUCUGCGCCACUGCGACCUGCAGAGCCCGACCUUCGCGUGCACCGAGGCGGCCCUGACGCCGCCGACGGUGAUGUUGACAGGGUGGGGGCCCGGCCGCGUCGAGAACGCCAUGAGCGCCGUGGUGACCGAGUGUCAGCAGGACUUGGCCUUGGUGGUCACAUACAUGCACCAGGACGUGGCCGACUGCGCUAUCGUGCACACCAUGGAGCACCCGAGCGACGACGCGCCCUACCACUACUUGGGCUACAAGUAUUUCUCCCGGACGGGCGAGACGCUGGGCUUCCACCUCAUGCAGUCCGUGGAGCUGUCGCAGUUCCCCGACUUGAGCGGCCACAACUCGAUCCGAGCGCUGCAGAGCUCGCGCUAUCUGUACCGACAGAAGAGCGAUCGCGUCGUUGAGGUAUUCACGCUGGGCAACAUGGACUUGUCCGGGAUGAUCGUCAAGCCUAUCGCCAGUAUCUUCUCGGCCUGCGCGCAGUUCGGCGUGACGCGGUUGCUGGACUUGGCCGAGGUGCGGCGGCUCACGGACAUGGCGAGGAACCGCCGACGAUACCGCGACGGCGUUUGCCCUCGCUGUCGCUCGACGAAGCGCGUCUGGGGGAGCGACAGCUUCGGUAUCCUGGGCAGCUUCCGCAAGAUCCAGGCGUGCUCCAAGUGCGUCAUGCACGCCAACACGGGCACGUACGAGGCGCCGGCAGACCGCGCGCGGUCACAGAGGUGGUACCAAAGCAGUGUCAGCACAGAUCGGAGUGAUAGUGAUGCGAGCUCCAAGUCACCGCAGACGCCGGAGAUGCCUGUCACGGGCCGAAGCUUUGUCCACCAAGGUGCACGAAUCUACCCGGACGCCGCGCAGAUCGCGGUUCCCUGCACGUCACCAGAGUUCGAGCUCACCGACAUGGCCGAGGCCACGUCCUACACGACGCAGGUCAACGGGAUGUACUUCGCCCAGCAGAGGCAGCAGCAGUUCAAGAUGCAAUCCAGAGCCGACUGGAGGAAGUGA